AUGGGUUAUCGUGGUAUUCGUAAACAUUUGAAACGACUUCAUGCACCAAAACAUUGGAUGCUUGAUAAAUUGGGUGGAACAUUCGCACCAAAACCAUCAGCUGGUCCACACAAAACACGUGAAUGUUUACCAAUGAUCAUCUUUUUACGUAAUCGUUUGAAAUAUGCUUUAACAUAUGUUGAAGCAAGAAAAAUUUGUAAACAACGUCUUAUUAAAAUCGAUGGUCGUGUACGAACUGAUUUUCUCUUUCCAGCUGGUUUUAUGGACGUUAUUACAAUUGAAAAAACAGGAGAACACUUCCGUUUAAUCUACGACAUUAAAGGACGAUUUUGUGUUCACCGUAUUACAGCUGAAGAAGCUAAAGUAAGUUCAAACUAUAAAUAUAUAUUUAAUAAGUACGAAAAAGUCUGAUAAUAAGUCAUGCUUGAUUGAAUGUGUCGAGGAUAACUAAAAUUGACUGAUAUUUCUAGUCUAUGCGUAUACUGAACAAGAGGAAUAAAUACAAAAAGUAUAUUCGUCAUAAUUUAGCGGCAUGGGCUUAAUUUUUAUAUAAACUUACUUAUCUAACUGAUAACUAUCAUUUGAAAUUUCUAAUAUAAGUAAAAAUUUCAAAUAGGAUUUUGUUAUGUCGAAUUGUGAUUAUUUUCAGCUUACCAUGAACCUACGUGAAAAAAAAAUGUCUAAGGAAGUUUCUCCUAAAAAUAGUUGUUAUAAAGGCGACUACAAUUUUUUUU